AUGCCCCCCGACGACGGCCCCGACGCCGACGCCGACGACCGCGCGCCGCCCCAGCGGCCGGCGCCGCGCGACCCCGACGACGACGGCGCGGCCGAGGCGGCGUCGGAGGCCGAGGCGAAGACGGCGGCCGCGCGGGCGCUGCUGGAGGGCGGGAUUUUGGAGGAGAUCGUUUCACUGCACGCGCGCCUCUUUGCGGCUCUUGGGCAGCAGCAGCAGCAGCAGCAGCAGCAGCAGCAGGAGCAGGGCGGCGAGGCUGCAGGCCGGCGCACGUUUGAGUUGUGCUACGCGCUCGGCGCCCAGCUCGCGGCCGCCCAGGAGGGCCGCCUGCCCGCCGCCGUCGACGCGGCCGCGCGCGGCGGCCACCUGAUGCGCCUCUCGCAGGAGCGCGCCGCGCUCGCGUCCGGCGCCGCCGCGUCCUCCGCCGCCGCCGUCGCGCUCGCGGCGGCCGCAGCUGCCGCCGCGGCCGGGGAGGGGGCCGGCAGGGGCAAGGGGAUGGACGCAGACGAUAUGGAUGCAGCAUCAGCAGAGGCCGCUGGCGCGAGCAUCGACCUGCAGCAGCCGUUCAUCGAGGAGACCGCGCUGAUGCAGGCGCCCGUCGCCGCCGUCGCGGCGCGCUGCGCGUCGCUGCUGGCGGAGUGGCCGGAGCACCCGCUGCUGUGCGUGCUGGCGGGGAUCUGCGAGCGGCUGAUGGCGCUGCCGCUGGCGGCGCCGCUGAAGACGGCCCUGACAGGCCUGGAGCUCCUGCUGGCGCGCGCCCAGGUCUGGGAGGAGACCGCCGCCAAGCGCGUGUCCCUCAAAGCGGAGCUCUCCGCCGUCGCUGCCGUCGCGACCCGCUGGCGCCGCCUCGAGCUCGCCAGCUGGCGCGGCCUCCUCGUCCGCGCCGCCGCGCGCCACGCGGCCGGCGCGCGCCGCAGCUGGUUCCACCUAUACGCGCUGCUGACGGGGCGCCCCGAGGCGCCUGCCGCGGCGCCGCGCGACGGCGACGACGACGCCGCGACGGCAGCGGCGGCAGCGGCAGCAGCAGCAGCAGAAGCGGGCGGCGACGGGGAUGCGGACGCGGCGUACCGCCGCGCCGCGUCUCUCAUCGAGGCUUUUGUCCAGACGUCCACAGUCGGCGAGUUCGGCGCCCGCCUCGACCUGCUGCGCUCGUUCGCCGCCCAGAUGGCGACCGCCGCCGCCUCCUCCGAUGGCACCCACCCUGGCGCCGAGGGCGGCGCCGGCGCGCCGGCUGCGGGCCCGGCCGCGCUCGCUGCGGCGCUGAGCAACACGGUGGCUUACUACGGGCAGUACGCGCCAGCUGUCGAGGCUGCACUGUCAGCGGGGCUGGCGCCGCUUGCCAAGGAGUUGAGGGACUUUGUGGCGCUCGCAAAGUGGGAGGACAGGGGAUACUAUUCGAUGAAGAACUCGACCGAGAAGGCGCAGCGGCAGCUGCACCGCCUGGCGCGCCGCGCGGAGCAGUUUUUCGGCGGCAGAGGAUCUGUAUGA